AAAACAAAAAGGAUAUUUGAAAUUACAUAAUACUCUCUUUGGGCCCAGCGGUGACGGUGGGGGCGGGCGACGCUCGAAGGAAGGGGACCCAGCGGUUCAGACUUCAGAUUCUCCUAAUUCCCAAACCCUUGCCGCUGCCGCCGCAGAUGGAAGUCUGCGACGAGCUGCGGUCAUUUGAGGCCACAGGCGUCUACCGCCUCAAUGGCACCUGCACCAGCGCCGGAGCCACUUACCUCGACCCGGUCCGCCUCCUCAACGCGUCCUACCAGCGCUUCCGCAUCGUCCCUUCUGCGUACUACUCCCGAAGCUUCGGCCCCCAGCAUCAGGAAGGCGAGCCAGAGAUCGAGCGGCCCGAGAAAAGGAGGAAACGCAAGCGUAAUCAGAAGCCGAAGCCCAGGGAGCUCAAUCCAAUGGAACGGAUCGCUGAAGCCCGGCACCAGGAAGCGAAGCCUUUACUAUUGAACGCACAUGAAUCACUCGUUAAGGCUAAACAUCUACUGGAGUACAUUUCCAAGACAAUCAAAGGCAAUGAGCACACACUUGAUGCGGGUAGUGGUUCUGAGAAUAAUUUCGUUGAGCUUGGGACCUCAUGGCGAGCACCUUUCUAUGAGAUCACUAUUUGCUUCCGGAACCCCCAUGUUCUGGGCAAUGAGGAAGGUUUCUUUCAUGCCCAAAAGACAUCAUUUCCUCUAUUUAAUAGCUUAAUCAGUGUUGAAGGGACUGACGAAGCUGAAGGAGAAUUCCGUAAUAGGCGUUAUAUUUUACCAAGAGGAAGUUGCUUCUUGAUGGCUGAUUUCAAACGAGUUAGAGAUCUCAUUCCUUGUAGUCCAAAUCAAGGGUAUAAUCUUAUAGUUGUUGACCCACCAUGGGAGAAUGGAUGUGUUCGGCAGAAAGAAGUGUAUCCUACACUUCCCAACAAAAAUUUCUUAUAUCUUCCAGUGCAACAACUUGCCCAUCCAACCGGAGCGCUUCUUGUUUUGUGGAUUACAAAUAGGGAGAAACUGCGGGCAUUUGUUGAGAAAAAACUGCUUCCUUCUUGGGGAGUGGAAGAUUCCACCGUGUUUUAUUGGCUUAAGGUGAAACCUGAUGGCUCUCUAAUUGGUGAUUUAGACUUGUUCCAUCACAGGCCCUAUGAGUGCCUCCUCCUUGGCUACAUAAAUGUUAAUGCAAAUGCUAAGAAAGGGUCAAAUUUCAAGUUGUUAGAAAGAAGCCAAGUAAUCAUGAGUGUCCCUGGUGCUCACUCAAGGAAACCUCCCCUUGAGAAAUUACUUUCAGAAUAUAUUCCAGGUCCUAAACCUUCAAGAUGCAUCGAGCUUUUCGCCAGAGAGUUGUUUCCCAGAUGGACCUCUUGGGGAAAUGAGCCGCUUCAUUUCCAGGAUACCAUGUACUUCUCGGAGAAAUAGUUCGAUAGCCAAGAGCAGGAUAUAAGUAUGUGGAUUCUGAUGCAACUGCCACGUGCCACCUAAGGCAAGUGGUUUUGCAAUAGCAUUGUACCUUGUGUUUUUCGGACAGGCCUUUCUUCAGGUGAUGAAAACGCCCCAUCUCCAGACGAGUUUGCCGUCUGCUAUUGCUGAGUGCUGACCUACUGUGUGACUUCUCGCUUCCCAGCACUUGAUUGGUAUCAAGUCCUUUUUUUGGCCAAAAGCUGGAGGUUUGGCGAAUCCUAUUUAUAGGGUGACCUGUGGGGCAGACAUCUCAUAUUAUUUCUUGCACUACGCAGUUCCCUGCAUUGCAGUGUUCAGUGUGCUUCUGGGAAUCUCAAUCAAGUUGUAACGGGCAGUCAGAGAGAUGGAAAGAAUUUGUACACAGCUAGAUUCGUUGGGCUCAUCUGCAUCCUGGUUACUUUCCCUAGAACAAUUCGGAAAGUUCCUGUAAAGUUAGGACAGAGGUUUCCAUUUCCCUGAGCGGCUGAGCAGAACUGGUUCGAAGACAAUGGAUGCAGGCCGUAUCCAGUGCCGAUUCUUUUGGUGAUACCACAUUCUUCCGUUAUGUGUC